CUAGCUAAACAGAGAGCCGCCCAGAGAGUACUAAUGGUUCUCGCAAUAUAUUUUAAAUCAAAGGUGGCCUUAUCGGCAAUACAUUCAAUUAUCUCUCCAAAAAGCGGCGGCUGUGUUGGCGGUUUAAAGUGUGUGCACACACACGGUGUUGUGCUCAGUCGAUGUCUGUUCUCGGGCCAUUAAGCACACGAACAUGGAAUCCCAACGCGUUUUCAUAGCCGUAUUUGCCGUUCUCCUCGCUGGACUCUGUGUGCUUCCAGGACUGAAGGCGGCGCCCAUUGAGUGCAAUUCAGACAAUGGCAUCCAGGUCUCGGGGAAUGGCUACCAAUCGCAGACACAAACUGGUCCCGGCUGCCAGUCGCAGAGCAACGAGAAUGGAUCCCAGACUCAGUCCCAAUCGGGCAGUGGCACCCAGUCGCAGACGCAGUGCAGCGGCUCGGAUUGCGUGGAGUUCUCUCCCCUUCCACCUCUAUUUACCAUGAAGCCAUUUGAGCCUUUUCCCUCAAUGGAGCCCUUUCCCUCAAUGGAGCCCUUUCCCUCAAUGAAGCCCAUGGAGCCUUUUCAGCCAAUGACGCCCUUUCCGCCCCUGGAGUGGAACUCUUGGGGACUAAGUAGAAGCGCCGAUGGGCAAUAGCAGGAGCAGGUCUCUCAGGAUUAAAAAACCAUUAAAGUUUUUCAAAACUUUUAAACAAGAAAAAUAAAUCUAAAGUGUUCAAUUUUUUAAGUUAAAAA